AUGCCCAUUCCCUAUGAAUCGCUGUGCAUGGAAUGUGCGGUUCGGGAGCUAACGGAGGCUUAUCUCCGCGUCGCCAUCGUCUCUUGGACGACGCCCAGGACUUGCAACAUCCGCUUUUCCCUGGAGCCCGCUGGCGAUGAAUCGGAUGGUGCCUACGGCCGCGCUGCGUCGGGGCGCCCUCUGCCGGGUGCUGCUGCUGCUGCUGCUGCUGCUGCUGCUGCUGCUGCUUCCCUUGCGUCGCUCUGCGCCCCGCCCCCUUCCCGCGCGCUGGGUGUGUCCGGCGGGCGGCCGGCUGCGCUCGCCGCUUUGCGCGCCUCCAGCCGUCGCGUCGGCUCUCCGCUGCGGGAGGUCGCUCCAGAUUUGUCUUCCAUCCGACAGUUCGGGCAGUGUCGGUUUUCCAAAAUAUCGGGGAAUUUCGUUGAUUUGAAAAUGUCAGGCAGAUUUUGGCGCGCCGUUCGAAAGGAGCGUCCAGGGAUGUGGGUGAAAGGCGUACUGUUGCAGCAUGAUUACUCCCGACUCUAUACAAGUCCGCAAACAGUCGAGCAGUCGCAGAGAUUGCCUUUGAAGUCCCACUCGCCGUAUUCUCCGGACUUGACUCCCUCUCGUUCUCCUGAUCAAAGCCACGAAGAAGCCCCUGCAUGGGCGGUUUUCCAUGAACUUCCGCGAACUGCAAACCUCUGUCCGGGCGUGGAUGUCCCAGCACUCCGAAGAAGUAAUCCAGAGGACCUAGCAAUUCGUUUGCGGGACUUGCGUCGUCUGAAAGAAGGUAUGAGAAAUGUGGACUUAACCACAGACUUCUGA